UCGUCUCUAAGACUUCAGCACAGACGCCUUCGUGGUUUUGUGGCAUCUCUGUAAUUUGCACAACUUUAAGCUCAUGGCUAUGGCGAGAUUCGCAAUACCUUCCUUCUCCUCCUGCUCCUGCUCUCUCUCCACUCUCUCUACUGCUUCAUCAUCACCUCGAAUAUCUGCUCCGGCUGUGCAAAUUUCAUCCCAGCAAUCGUUGAUUGUGCUUCCAGUUGGGUGGGGCUCACUCCGCUUGGAGCGGUGUAAGGGCAGGAGAUUCAAAUUCGGAGGGGCGGGCCAUCGACGUCUGAAGAAUGGAGUGUCCGGAGUGUUUGCUGAAAUGUCUACCUUAGAUGAAGCGACAAUCCUAGAGCUGCCAUGUCUUCCCUUCUCUCCAGCCGAGGUUUUCAUUCCAUCUUCUUCCAAGACAUUGCAUCUGUACGAGGCCAGAUUUUUGUCUCUUCUCGAGGAGGUGAUGGUGAAAGGUAACAAUCUACUAGCACACAUUGUGAUUGAGCCAGUUAAGGGAGAUGAAGCUGGAGUGGCCUCUUUCGUAGCAACUUAUGGCUGUCUGGCUCGUAUUGAAAGUGUUAAGCGGUUGGAUAUAGGAGCUCUGGUUUCCAUACGAGGAAUUGGACGCAUCAAAAUGGUUAGCUUAACGCAGAUGGAGCCAUUUAUCAAGAGCACAGUUAUGCCAGUACGAGAUGCUUAUCCAGAAGAUAGACAACCUUUACUAAAGAAGAUCGAGAGUCUUAAAAAAACACUUGCUGAGGUUCAACAACUACAGAUAAAAAUUAAGACUGCAAAAGAAGUCCCUCUACUGACGCCACUGGAGAAGGCUCUUCAGUGGGCAGAGAAGGGAGAACCGGAUUCCAUAGUGGAAAGCUUUGUGCCAAGUCGGGAAGAGCGACUUUCAUUUGCAGCUCUGCAGCCAAUUGCAGGGGCAAGUCCUGGAGAGUUGCACAAGUUGCUGCAAGAGAGGCUGAAAUCUAUGACCACUGUGGAUACCGAUGUUCGGCUCAACAACGUCAUUGAGUAUGCAGAGCAAAGUCGGGCAUCUGUAGCAGCUAAGGUUGCUCUUCAAUCAUUGCAAUUGUAAUAAGUGUUUGAGCAUGAGCCUGAUGUUAUGUUAUCUUAUGAAUAGUGAAGGAUCACUAAUUGUGCAAGAGGGAUGUAUUUCCAUGAGUGGAAUAUGAAGCAUUACUUUUCCAAUCUAGUGAGUAGUCGGGAGAGAUUGUUGCCCUGAUUUUUUUGUUCAGUCUCCUAUCUGCACAUAUCUCAAGAAUCUUUCAUUCUGCUACUAUUUUCAAAGUGGACUUUUCAAAGUAGCGUCCUACCUAGACCCUCGAUUUGACACACCACGAGAACAUUCGUGUCUAACGUAACUGUUUCAUUUUUUUUCAUUUAAAAAAAAAAUAGAACUUAGCAUUUGUUCAA